GAAGAAGAGGGAGGAGGAGGGAGAUCCAGGAGAAGAAGAGGGAGGAGGAGGGAGAAGGAGAAGAGAGAGAGGAGGAGAAGGAGGAGGAGAGAGAGGAGGAGGCGGCGGCUCCGCCAUGGGAGCGGAGCAGAGCGCGGAGGCCGAGAGCCGCCCGGGCGAGCCCAGCGGCUCAGCAUCUCCAUCACCAGCCAAGCAAAGGGCGAAAAUGGAUGACAUUGUGGUGGUAGCCCCAGGAACACAGUCCUCCCGGAAUGUCAGUAAUGAUCCAGAUGUCAUAAAGCUUCAGGAAAUCCCAACUUUCCAGCCCCUUUUGAAAGGACUCCUCAGUGGGCAGACCUCUCCAACCAACACCAAACUGGAAAAGCUGGACCCCCAGCAGGUGCUGCAGCUAUGUCUCCGGUACCAAGAUCACCUUCACCAGUGUGCGGAAGCAGUUGCCUUUGAUCAGAACGCACUUGUGAAGCGGAUCAAGGAGAUGGACCUCUCUGUGGAAACUCUUUAUAGCUUCAUGCAGGAGCGCCAGAAGAAGUAUGCCAAGUAUGCAGAGCAGAUCCAGAAGGUCAAUGAGAUGUCUGCUAUCCUCCGCCGUAUACAGAUGGGCAUCGACCAGACGAUCCCGCUGAUGGAGCGGCUGAACAGCAUGCUGCCAGAGAGUGAGAGGCUGGAGCCCUUCAGCAUGAAACCCGACCGGGAGCUAAAGUCUUAGCUGAUCCAGCAGGCUCUCCCUCCUCCCAUUCCGUGCUCCAGCAUUCAGCACAGACAUGCUUCCAACAGGCUGGACUGGCAGAUGUUUGAAGUGGAUGGCAGUGCUGCCUGACUCUGUGCCAGGGCAUUGGAGGAAGAGCAGUGUCAGCUGCCAGAACUGCGCAGCCAGGAAUCCAGAGGCUGCCCUGGUCCUGUCGCCUGGAGAAGAUGAUUUACCGUUCUUUCAUCUCCCUCCUCUUGCUCUCCAGUCUCCUUUACCACCACCACCGCCUGUGCAGACAUUUGUUUCAUUGCUGUGACUAGAUUGGGGCUUAUGGAGGAGGAGUCUUCUUUCAUCUGAUUCUUUUUUUUACUAGAAAAAUUCAAAGGGAUACAGGGUGUGACAAACCCGCUAACAUGGUUUUUGCACCACUGGGGUUUAGACAAUUAGAUGGCUGGCAGGUGUUUCAGAGCUCACCCUGGCCUUGGAAAUACAUGUGUUUUAUAAGUGGAAAUGCAGGACCCAGGAGCUGGCUUAUUAAAAUCUGCCUGUUAUCAUAAUUAACAUGGUUUGCAUGGCAGGGUUUUGGCAUGUCCUCCUUGAGGCUCCUGUUUUUAUAGGCUCACUAGUUUAUGAGGCUGUAAAGGAGUAACUGUACCAGAUAUGUAUGUCUGUUAAUGUUAAGCGAGCCUUAGUGUUCAUCUCCCUCUUGCUCUGGAAAUGUCCCCGUGCCCCAGCUGGUGGUGUUUCGUGUCCCUUGCCUUGCACAGUGAUUCUGACAGGCACUGGCACCAACUUACUCACUUUGCAUCCCACAAUUGGACACGACAUGUCUUUUUUUAGUUUUAUUGAGACACUCCAGUUAUGUUGGUGCUGUCUUUUCUACCAGAGGGAUGCAGGUGUUUCUUUACCUUCAAGUCUAUGGUGUUGGAGGGGAAAGACAUGAGAAGUCCUUUGGGUCUUUGCAUUUGCUUAGCUGUUGUCGUGCUGAGAGCUCGCCAGAGCGCGGUGUUUAGUGAAUGAAAUCCCAUGGCGCUUUGGGACUGCAGUUGGCAAACUGCCCCAAAAGCAACAGGAUGCUUUUUGCCUCUCCCAAGCAGAGAUCCCUGCUGGAAGGCAGGCAGCAUGUCCAUGCCACUCGGGCUGGCUUGUAGGCCACUGGUUUGCUGCCAAGUCUGCCACUGGUCUGCUGGCUGCAGGCAGUUUGCAGCACCUCCAAACUUUGGGUUCUCCCCAUAUAAAACAAGGGGAUAUUUUACAUCCUGCUGUAAAAAUAUUAACGCAUCUAGAAACGGGGUUUAACAGCCUGCAUGACCAUUGUGUAGCAGCUCGUCUGCAGGAGGAGGAGUGUGAAGCCAAAAGCAAGGAGUUUGCGGGGUCAAGGGUAAGUUUAUCUGUGUUACAUUAGUCCCAGGAUGCUGUGGCUGGUGAGGAGGCUGAAGUGUGCCCAUGAGCCUCUAGGAUGGUUGUAUGUCAGGAGUGCAAUUCCAGUGGUGAAGACGGCCCUCUUUGAGAGAGUCACUGUGACAACCCAUCUUCCAGUACAGCAUAAGGCUAGGUGACUUGCGAAAGGCAACUUGCCUCAAUACCUCUUAGUACUUAUGAGUACUUAAUCAGCAAAAGGUUGUCUUUGAGCAUUUGGGAAUAAGAACACAAUAGUUUUUUUGAUGGAAUUAAUUACUGUGUGGUGGCAGGAACCAACAAGCUGCUUUCUUUUUGUAUUCCAAAAUUCCGUGUGGCCUGGAGUGAAUUUUUGUGAUGCAGACUGCAGCCAACUUAGAUGUGUAUCUGUACCAUAGCGGUGAUUGGGACUCUGGAGCCUGCUGAACACUGUCUGAAAGCAGAGUCCUAUAGAAAUUGAACCAUCUGGAAUGAUGCCCUGGGAAGAGCGAUUGACUACUUGAGAGGUGGUGAGGAACUCAGCAAAUUCUCUAGUAAAGGCAGCAGAGUGGGGCUGGCUGUCUACUGCUUCCACCCCAGAGUUGUCACAUGGUUAUAUAUACACAUAAGCGUAUACUGUAUAUUGCACAGGCUGUAACAUCAAGUUUCCAUCCUUGUUUGUUCCUCCUGCAGUAUUUUACACUGGGUUUGUUAAGAGCUUACACAAGACUUAACAACCCAUGGAAACGAGCUUGUCAAGGCCGUGCCCAUGAAGGGUCCUCAUUGUCCGUUACGGAAUAUGUCUUUGCCUCCUGCUAUCAGACAGACCAGAAUAUUCAGCAGCUUUAAAUAGCAGCUGCAGGCAUUUUUGUCCUCCUUGUCCAGAUGAUGCCGUCUGGAAGUUUAGAAUGUGCAACAUUCACCCGUCUGCCAGACGGCAUCAUGAAUGUCCCACACCCUGGCGGGCUAGAAGGCUAUACCAGUGGGAAGAUCCUGAUACUGGAUCUGGAGUCAGGGGCUAGGCUGCAGAUGCUGUCUCCUGUAAAGCUUCUAGACGUUUGGCUUCAUGCUAUUAAGUAUCAGAUCAAAGCAUUGCUACUUGUGGUGCUAAUGAGGGCAACCGAAUAGUAAUUCUGUCCGAAGGCAACAGGAACGAGAGCUGUAAAUCAGUUCCUUCCUUAUUUGCUCUAAACCACCUAGGCACUGGGCUGAUAAGGGGAGAAAAUGCUUGUUCCUAUGAAGAGUGACCUUGAAGCUUGUGGUUAUGCUGCUGGGCCUCCCAGCUAGAGCUUUCUGAACAGCAAAGGGUAGGUUGUGCAAAACGUAAUAGCUUAAUAGAAAGAAAUCAGAGCUGCAGUGCAAAGGCUUCCAAAACACGCAGGUCGUUACCUUCUUUCCACAGGUGAUGAAGUCUUGUACAGGUACUGUAAGACACCAUGCACCCUCUAACUGUUCUCAAAUGAUGGUUUACAGUUUUAUUUAAAACAUUGUCACUGGCUUCAUUAACUGUAAGUCAGUCUUUGGACCUCUCACUGAGGGGAAGACAUUUCCUGCCACGUAGUCUUGAGCUGCUGUUUGUUGCUUCGUUGUUCCUCAUUUGCUUUGCUCUGCACGCUGCUUUCAGCUCAUCUCAGAUGCAGGUGAUACUCAAGGCGAGACUGUUGCUUUACUCCCUAUCCUGCUGUUCAGCAGGAGAUUUGAGAUAUGACUGGAAUUACCUUUCUGCUUAUGAAUUUCCUUUUCCAAGCCUGACACUAUUGGAGAAGGCCUCGGGUAUCUCUCAUGAAUGUACGAGCUGUAACUUCUACAGCAAAGUUAAUGCUGUGAACAGAGAAUAAUCUGGUGUGCUCCACUGAAAAGUAAUAUUUCUUCCGUUUUUUGCAUUCUGAGGUGAUGCAAAGCUGGGGUGGGGUCUGGGGUGCAGGCUAAGCUACUUGAUACGAAAUUUCCUGAAAAGCUGGAGAACCAGGUGAGUCUCUGGGGCUGUGGAUCUCUGCUGGCUUAAGUUGCUCUGGUUCUUCCCCUGACUCUGCUGUUGCAAGCCCUACUUCAUGUUGCCACUGGUGCUUCUUGCAUCCUACCCUGGGUCUGUGUGCUACAUGUGCAGAAGAGGUUGGCUUUGUUACAUCCGUUGUUUUUGUAAUUUGAAUGCGUUGACAGGGUGCUAAAGUGCCAACCUAUCUGCAGGACAAGUGCUGUGAAGAUCUGUUGAAGGGGACAGAAUAUAAGUCUUGUUUUUUAAAAAAUAUAUGUAUUUUAAAUUAAAUAUAUUUAAAUAUAUUUAAUAUUUAAUGUGUA